UCUGUACAAGGAGGCCAUGAUGGAGAACCACCAGCCCCUCACAUCACCAGGAAUAUCCAGUAAGAGAAUGACACCAGAGAGAUGUCCCAGGCCUUUUCCUCCACAGCUUUUGAAUCUGAAUGAAGAGAUGAACAAUAUUAAUGCUACUGAGACACAUAUGACGGGCGAUGAAGAGCGUAUGGAGGAAAUUACUACAGAGGCACAUCUGAGGGGUGAUUCCCAGUGUAAAGAGGAACCUUCUACAGAGACCUAUGCGUGGGGUCAUGUGCAUUGCAACGAGGAAGCUCCUACAGAGACCUAUGGGUGUGGUGAUGUGCAUUGUAAGGAGGAACCUCCUACAGAGACCUAUGGGUGGGGUGAUGUGCAUUGUAAGGAGGAACCCCCUACAGAGACCUAUGGGUGGGGUGAUGUGCAUUGUAAGGAGGAACCCCCUACAGAGGCAAAUGUGUUGGAUUAUGAGCAGUGUAAGAAGGAAUUUCCAACUGAUACCUACCCAGAUGACUGUACUGGGAGCUCAGAGGGACAUCUGGUGUCUUCAGAUUUGAAAGUAGAAGAUUGUGGCAUCACACAAGAUAAACGCAAAGAGUGUGCUGUUAUCUCAGAUACAAUCCCGGCCCUUCACAGUAAAGAUCUAUCAUCUGAUCCUUCUGAACAUCUAUCUUCUGGUUCAUUACAGACUAUUAAGCAAAAUACAAGUCACAGAAGGGAUGUUGUACGUCAAAGAGAGAACGCAGGGAAGAAGACAAUUUCUUGUUCAAUAUGUGGAAAAUGUUUCACUCUGAAAUCUAAACUGUAUGAGCAUCAGAAAGUUCACGCAAGGGGGAAGCCGUUUUCAUGUUUGGAGUGUGGGAAAUGUUUUUCUCAGAAAGCACAUCUCAUGAAACAUCAGAGAACUCACACAGGGGAGAAGCCAUUUUCAUGUCCAGAAUGUGGUAAAUGUUUUGCACAGAAAGCAACACUUGUUAUACAUCAAAGAACUCACACAGGGGAGAAGCCAUUUUCAUGUUCAGAAUGUGGGAAAUGUUUUGCACAGAGAACAACACUUGUUAUACAUCAAAGAAUUCACACGGGGGAGAAGCCAUUUUCAUGUUCAGAAUGUGGGAAAUGUUUUACUUGGAAAUCACAAAUUCUUCAACAUCAACAAACUCGCAAAGGGAAGAAGCCAUUUUUAUGUUCGGAAUGUGGGAAAAGCUUUGUAGGAGAAGAAUGUCUUUUUGAACAUAAGAAAAUUCACAAAGGGGAGAAGCCAUAUUCGUGUUCAGAAUGUGGGAAAUGUUUUGCACAUAAAACAACACUUGCUACACAUCGAAGAAUUCACACAGGGGAGAAGCCAUUUUCAUAUUCGGAAGAUGGGAAAAGUUAUAGUGUUGAAUCAAAUGUUGUUCAAGAUCAAAGAAGUCACACAGUGCCAGUUGAGAAGCUAUUUUCAUGCCAAGAAUGUGGGAAAUGUUAUGCUCUUAAAUCAAGUCUAGUUUUACAUCAAAGAACUCACACAAGAGAGAAUCCAUUUUCAUGCCCAGAAUGUGGGAAAUGUUAUGCCCUUAAAUCAAGUCUAGUUUUACAUCAAAGAACUCACACAGGGGAGAAGCCAUUUUCAUGCCCAGAAUGUGGGAAAUGUUACACUCGGAAAUCACAUCUUGUUGCACAUCAACUGACUCACACAGGGGAGAAGCCAUUUUCAUGUACUGAAUGUCAUAAGUGCUUCUUAAGAAAAGAAAGUCUUGUUGAACAUCUGAAAAUUCACACUGGGGAGAAGCCAUUUUCAUGCCAACAAUGUGGACAAUGUUUUAUCCGUAAGUCAGUUCUUGUUCGACAUAUGAGAAGUCACACAUGAGAGUUUUCAUGUACUGUAUGUGGAAAGCGUUUUACCCAAAAGUCUGGUCUAAUUGCACAUCAUAAAAUUUACACUGGAAAUACUUUUCAUGUUUAGAAUGUAGGAAAUGUUUAUCUAACAAAGCAUAUUUUCUUAAACCUCAAAAAACUCACACAAGGAAGUAGCCAUAGGAGGUGACUUCCUACAGUCUGACCUACAGGGAUGGUAUACAAUGCAAUUGCCAUGAUUGUGGCUAGCUCCGGCCUGAGCUAUUUAACUCCUUAAGGUGACUCAGUCAAUACUGACCACAGAAUUAAAACAGUUAAAGGGAACCUGUCACCAGUUUUAUGGUGUCCUAACAUAAAUAAGUGACUGAUUCGCUUAGCAAAAUGCUGGGUCACUUUCUUUAAUUGAC